AUCUCUUCUUCCUCUUUCGACCGGUGCUCGAGUGUGGAGAGUCCUGUGGAUUCACUAUUGCGGUUUCGGUGCGUCGCAGGCGUGUGCAUCACGCAAUGUAACGGCCACCAGUCCCAAUCUCAUUUUAAAAAUAUUGAUAAAUUACUAGGUAGGCGGCGGCCAGGGAGGAAAACAAAGGAACGUUGAACAGCGCGGAGCGGAGGGAGAUUCGGUAGUUUUGGCUGGAGGGGACUCUAGCAAACCGACCGACACCACGCGCAGAAAUGGCGGAGCACCACGCAGUCAGCGACGGCAAGCACAAAGCGUCCGCUAAUGCCGGCAGUUCGGUACACGGGAAUAGCCGUGCCGGCGCCGCGGGUGCAGCGGGCGGCAGAGGAGGCCUGUCGGGCGGACUGACACAGCCGGCGGGGUGGCAGUCGUUACUCUCGUUUAGCAUUCUCUUUCUGGCCUGCCUCGCAGGAUUCAGCUCCAGACUUUUCGCCGUGAUUCGGUUUGAGAGCAUCAUCCACGAGUUCGACCCGUGGUUCAACUACAGAUCGACGCAUCAUCUGGCAACCAAUGGUUUCUAUGAGUUUCUCAACUGGUUUGACGAAAGAGCCUGGUACCCGUUGGGAAGGAUUGUCGGCGGCACAGUCUAUCCCGGUUUAAUGGUGACUGCGGGACUCAUCCACUACGUGCUCAACUUGCUUCACAUUACGGUCCACAUCCGCGACGUGUGCGUCUUUCUGGCGCCGGUGUUCAGCGGUCUCACGGCGAUCUCCACCUUCCUGCUGACGCGGGAGCUGUGGAACCAGGGCGCCGGGCUGCUGGCGGCCUGCUUCAUCGCCAUUGUCCCCGGCUACAUCUCCCGCUCGGUGGCCGGCUCCUUUGACAAUGAGGGCAUUGCCAUCUUUGCCCUGCAGUUCACCUACUACCUCUGGGUGAAAUCUGUGAAGACGGGCUCUGUGUUUUGGACAAUUGGCUGUUGCCUCUGCUAUUUUUAUAUGGUCUCGGCAUGGGGAGGCUACGUGUUCAUCAUCAACCUGAUUCCCCUCCACGUCUUUGUGCUGCUGCUGAUGCAACGUUACAGCCGCCGAGUCUACAUCGCUUAUAGCACCUUCUACAUUGUUGGUCUUGUACUAUCAAUGCAGAUUCCGUUUGUCGGCUUCCAGCCCAUCAGGACCAGUGAGCAUAUGGCUGCCGCCGGUGUGUUUGCACUACUCCAAGCAUAUGCCUUCCUGCAAUAUUUGAGAGACAGACUGACCAGACAAGAAUUCCAGACGCUCUUCUUCCUCGGCGUUUCGCUCGCCGCCGGCGUGGUCUUCCUCACCGUGAUAUAUCUCACGUACACAGGAUACAUCGCUCCAUGGAGCGGGCGUUUCUACUCGCUCUGGGACACUGGCUACGCCAAGAUCCACAUCCCCAUUAUCGCAUCGGUGUCGGAGCACCAGCCCACAACGUGGGUCUCCUUCUUCUUCGACCUUCACAUCCUGGUGUGCACGUUCCCGGCGGGCCUCUGGUUCUGCAUCAAGAACAUAAAUGAUGAGCGAGUGUUUGUGGCCCUGUACGCCAUCAGCGCGGUGUACUUCGCCGGCGUGAUGGUGCGUCUCAUGCUGACGCUGACGCCGGUGGUGUGCAUGCUGUCGGCCGUGGCUUUCUCCAGCGUCUUCGAACACUACAUGGGAGAUGACACCAAGCGGGAGAAACCCCCCGCCGAAGACAGCAGCGACGAGGACGACAAGAGGAAUUCGGGCAAUCUCUACGAUAAGGCUGGCAAGGUACGCAAGCAUGUGUCCGAGCAGGAGAAAGCGGAAGAAGGCCUGGGUCCAAACAUCAAGUCCAUCGUCACCAUGCUGAUGUUGAUGCUCCUGAUGAUGUUUGCCGUCCACUGCACCUGGGUCACCAGCAACGCUUACUCCAGCCCCAGUGUGGUGCUGGCCUCUUACAACCACGACGGCUCACGUAACAUCCUGGACGACUUCAGGGAGGCCUACUACUGGCUGCGGCAGAACACGGACGAGCACGCGCGCGUCAUGUCGUGGUGGGACUACGGGUAUCAAAUUGCGGGGAUGGCCAACAGGACGACGCUCGUCGACAACAACACGUGGAACAACAGUCACAUCGCGCUGGUGGGCAAGGCCAUGUCUUCCAAUGAAAGCGCGGCCUACAAAAUCAUGCGGUCCCUGGACGUGGACUACGUGCUGAUUAUUUUCGGCGGCGUCAUCGGCUACUCGGGCGACGACAUCAACAAGUUCCUGUGGAUGGUGAGGAUAGCGGAAGGGGAGCACCCAAAGGACAUCAGGGAAAGUGACUACUUCACCCCUCAGGGAGAGUUCAGAGUGGACAAGGCCGGUUCACCCACUCUGCUUAACUGCCUCAUGUACAAGAUGUCCUACUAUCGAUUUGGCGAAAUGCAGCUGGACUUUCGAACGCCGCCGGGCUUUGACCGGACGCGCAACGCCGAGAUCGGGAACAAGGAUAUCAAAUUCAAGCACCUGGAGGAGGCCUUCACCUCCGAGCACUGGCUGGUCAGGAUCUACAAGGUCAAGAACCUUGGCAACAGGGAGCCGCUCGACCGCAAGCCUCGCAGCGUCGUGCCCAAACAAAAGUACACGUCCAAAAAGACGGCCAAGAGGAAGCGAGGCUUCGUGAAGAACAAGCUGCUCCUGAAAAAAGGCAAGAAAGUCCAAAAAAAGUAACCGCGACGAACUCUCCUAGGAAAAAAAUUAAUAAAAUAGAAUGCGAAGAAACCUCUGACAAACAAUGAAGAGCACCCGGGUGUGGAUUUCUGUGGCACUUGGGCUCAAGUGUUUUUUUCAUCAAGAGCACCCCCGUGCGGCCAGAAAGGUGAAGUGUCAAAUUUUGAUUCUCUCCAGAGAACUGUUGUCCAUUUUAUCUUGAGGGGUGGGGGGGUGGACAUUUUGUCUUGCUUCUUUUCGCCACUUUUUUUUUUUUUUUUUUUUACUUUGUACUUGAAUGUGCGGUGAGGCAUUGGGCUGCUCUGUUGGUUUGUGUCAAUUAAAACAGUUGUGGUACACGAA